UCAUGUGCAGGUUUUUGUGUGGAUGCCCUCCUAUUUUUAUGAUUUUAAUUCCAGUAUAGUUGACAUACAGUGUUAUAGUUGUUUUCUCCUAUUGUAUUUUAAAUUUUAAUCAGCUGUCACCAUUUAAGUAUCAGGAGGCUUCACAAAAACAAGUUUCCAGGAGGUCCUGAAAAUUCAGAUGUUCUGGUAACUCUGGGCCCACAUUCCUGCAAGGGAACCCAGCCGAUCUGCCCCAAAGGUGAGCAGCAUGUCAUUGGAUCAUGUACCUGUCUGGGUCUCCGCCACUCCUGGUCCUCCCUAGCAGCCAGUUUUGGAUAUCUAGAAACAACUUCCUCCUCCAACAUUUAUCUUCAAUGGAAUGGUAGAAGAGGAAACACAAAAAUCAGCUGGACCGAUCCUCUGAACUCCAAACUCCUGUAUCUGUCUUGACAGUCUCAGUUGGAUGUCUAACAGGCACCUCGAAUCUCACACGUCCACCCUGAGCUCCAGAUACUGCCCUCUCCGUACCCAGUUGGCUCUGCUCACAGUCUUCUGUAUCUCGGCAAAGGGAAAUCUGUCUUUGGAGGAACUCUGACUUAAUUUUCCACAAGGACAAGCUUGAUAUCUCUUAACUUUGCAUUGUGGAACUUCAGAGAUGACUGUUCAAGAAGAGAAUAAUGAUACACAUAGUGGUGAUUUGCAAAUCAAGUUAAAAUGUCCCCAGAAGUGGCCUUGAACCGAAUUUCUCCAAUGCUCUCUCCAUUCAUAUCUAGUGUGGUCCGCAAUGGAAAAGUGGGACUGGAUGCUACAAACUGUUUGAGGAUAACUGACUUGAAAUCUGGCUGCACAUCAUUGACUCCUGGACCUAACUGUGACCGAUUUAAACUGCACAUACCAUAUGCUGGAGAGACAUUAAAAUGGGAUAUCAUUUUCAAUGCCCAAUACCCAGAGCUGCCCCCUGAUUUUAUCUUUGGAGAAGAUGCUGAAUUCCUGCCAGAUCCCUCGGCUCUGCAUAACCUUGCCUCCUGGAAUCCUUCAAAUCCUGAAUGUCUGUUGCUUGUGGUGAAGGAGCUUGUGCAACAGUAUCACCAGUUCCAGUGCAGCCGCCUUCGUGAGAGCUCCCGCCUCAUGUUUGAGUAUCAGACGUUACUGGAAGAGCCGCAGUAUGGAGAGAACAUGGAAAUUUAUGCUGGGAAAAAAAACAACUGGACUGGUGAAUUUUCAGCUCGUUUCCUCUUGAAGUUGCCAGUGGAUUUCAGCAAUAUUCCCACCUACCUUCUCAAGGAUGUAAACGAAGACCCUGGAGAAGAUGUGGCCCUCCUUUCUGUCAGUUUUGAGGACACUGAAGCCACGCAGGUGUAUCCCAAGCUGUACUUGUCACCCCGAAUUGAACACAGGAAGAAGAAAGAAACAUGGGAUUCCUUGCCCUGCGCUUGGGUCCAGACUGAGCCCGCUGUCAGCUGGCACCUCUCAGGCCAACCCAGAGCAGGAGACAGGGAGGCCACAGGCUGCCUUGCGCUUGGAGGCUCCUCAGCUCUUCAUAUCCCAGCUUUCCCAGGAGGAGGAUGUCUCAUUGAUUAUGUGCCUCAAGUGUGCCACCUGCUCACCAACAAGGUGCAGUAUGUGAUUCAAGGAUACCACAAAAGAAGGGAGUAUAUUGCUGCCUUCCUCAGUCACUUCGGCACAGGUGUCGUGGAAUAUGAUGCAGAAGGCUUUACAAAACUCACUCUGCUGCUGAUGUGGAAAGAUUUCUGUUUUCUUGUACACAUCGACCUGCCCCUGUUUUUCCCUCGAGACCAGCCGACUCUCACAUUCCAAUCUGUCUAUCACUUUACCAACAGUGGACAGCUUUAUUCCCAGGCCCAAAAAAAUUAUCCAUACAGCCCCAGAUGGGAUGGAAAUGAGAUGGCCAAAAGAGCAAACGUGCAAUGGACAUGCGUUAACGCCUCCUGCAACCCGGUGGCCAUCCGUAGUUACCUUAAUUACAGCCGUGAAGGUCUCGCUGAGGGGCCAGCUGAGGAUGCUGUCGACGGGAUGGCCUGUGGGGUCACUGAAAGAUGUGCUCCCUGCUUUCCAGGGCCCACCGCGCAGCCCGGGCUUAUUUCAAAACCUUUGUCCCUCAGUUCCAGGAGGCAGCGUUUGCCAAUGGAAAGCUCUAGGAAACACCAGUCUUGAGAAGCGGCCAGCCAGACUGCUCUGUCCACAUGCGUGUCAGCACAUAUGGCGGCUUCCUGGAAGCCACUUGGAAUGCCUUCAUGGCAGCGUUUUGCUCACACAGCGGCUUUGCACGCCCCGCCUGGGACCCAAACUGAAGCUGGCCGGCGGCAACCUGGCCCCCACCUCCGGCUGCUCCCUCUUUGUUUCCUUCAGUAUAUUUCUAGUUGGAAGAAAUAAAAUCACAAAUUAUGACAAACUAUUUUUCCGGGGAAAGGAAGACACCACAAAUGCACACACCCUUAUUCCAGGAAAGCCUUUGUCUGCAAGACCUUGUUUAAGUUUUAACAUUAAACCCCCCUUUGCUUUUA